GGAGGGACAGACCUGUACGCGUACAGCGCUGGGAGAAAAGUGGGACUUUGCUCUUCUUCAGUGGAAUGAACAUGACUGCUGUGCGGCUGGCAGCUGCGCUCCUCUGUCUGCUGUAUGCCUCCGAGGCAUUUUCUUUUUCAAGUACAAGAUGUUGCACCCAACUGGGAGAAAACAUUUCGAAAACUUUUCUGAAGAAAGUGAAGAGUUAUGAAAUUCAGAAACGGGACGGUACUUGUCACCUCCAAGCUGUGCUCCUGCACUUGAAACAUAGGACGCUAUGCAUUAGUCCUAAGAAUAAGCGGGUACAGCAGUGGAUCGUAACUCAGCAUAAGAAAAGUUCUGUCACUCAGGAACCCACCAAGAAGUACACUCAGGAACCCACCAAGAAGUACACUCAGGAACCCACCAAGAAGUACACAGGCAGAAAAAAAAAAAGACGAGGCAAUUCAAAGAACAAGAAGAAAAAGAUGAAGGACAGAAAGAAAAAACGGAUUUAAUUGUUAUCAAUGCUCCAUCUGGACUGUGUAUAAAAAUGCGCAUAAAAAUUUACAUUUUUCUACAAGCUUUAUUAGCCAAUUUAUUCACAUUUCAGCUGGAAAAUCUGCUCAACGAAAUUCUCCAUUUACAACAAUAGAAAACAAUCAGAUUUAAAUAAAAUAGAACAUGUUCCGCACCACAGCUCCGGAUUGCAGACCCAUUCAAGUGAAUUGGUCCGCAUCCGUGAUGCGGGGAGCACACGGCCGAUGCACACAUAUUGCGGACCCGCUGUUUGCGGGCCUCAAUACGGCCACGGCCGGGCAACGGCCUAGUUCAUGGGGCCUCAGGGUGCUGCAAUAUGAAGAAGCUUUAAAGGGGUUAUCUAGACUAAAAAAUGUACCGCGUAUGCCCAGGUUCUCACACUGAAUAUACUUACCUGGGACAGGGACAAGCCUCCAAAAUUGUGCCAAUAAAAACUACAGCUUGUCCCGAAAAAAAUGUAGUUCUCACACAGCUCAUUCAACAAAAUAUAAAUAAAUUAAAAGGUUAUGGCUCUUAAAAACCAUUUCAGCAAAUUCUACAUUAGAAAAUCCAGAUGCUGCUCCUUCCCUUCUGAGCCCUGGUAUGUGCCUAAAAAAGUGCAAUGGCCCACAAAUGGUUUCUUUACUGUAGUAAGGAGAAAAUGGGCAUGAAAUUGUGGUGAGAUAUUCUUUUUUUAUCCCUUGUGAAAAUGAAAGUUUGGGCCUAAAACAUCCAUUUUCUUGUAAAAAAUUUUUUUAUUUUUUUCAUUUCACAGUGUUUAUAAAUUCUACGAAACUCUUGUUGGGUCAAAGUGCUCACUACACUUGUUAAAAAUUCCUUGGGUGAUGUCGUUUCCAAAAUGUGGUCACUUUUUGGGGGGGUUUUCACUGUAGGGGUACCUCAGGGUGUCUUCAAAUGCUACAUGGUGCCCAAAGACCAUUUCAGCAAAAUCUGCCCUCCAAAAACCUUAUAAGUUAAAUCCACGGCACUCCAAAAGUUUUUGCAAGAUAAAUAAUCUCAUUUAAUUCUUAGUAAACAGAAUGCUGUUAAUAUACAUCCAGUGCAAAUUCAUUUACAUAUAGUAAGUAUUAAUGCCAUAUCAGAUAGAAAAAUCCUGAACGUUUCGGUCUGUGCGACCUUCUUCAGCGGGGUCUGAAGGCAGUAGAAAUAGG